AAACACAAAGCAACAAUCAAGAGUUUUUACCAAUUAAGACAAAAGAAAAUUCCUCUCUCUCUUUUUUCAAAUGAAGUUUUCAUUCUUAACCUGCACAGACCAAUAUUAUGGACAAAAGCUUCAUAGUUCUCAACCUUUCUUGAGUUUAAAAUGAAGAAUGGCUAAAGGUUAAUGGUUGAAAUGUUGCCAAGUUUCCUUCAUCUCUGUCGACUUCUUGGUCGUCUUCUCAAUUUGUUUCAGUAUGAAACUGCUGCCUGCAAAGCUUACUGGUUGGACUUCGAGAUGUGGAGAAGCGUAAAGCAGCAACCGAUGAGGUCUCAAAGCAGAAAGAUGAGAAGGAUGCUCCUAUAAUUUAAAAGGCUUGAAUUUUUGAGGGAGAGGAUAGAAAAAGAAUAAAAAAAAGUAUGCCAACAGUUUGGUUUUCUUUGAAAAAGUCUUUCCCUUGCAAACCAGAGCCAUCUGAAGUCUAUGAUCCAAAGAACAGGAAACAACUCAACACAAUCACAACUAAGAAAGCAUCCAGAAAGUCAGGUUGUUCUUCUGGAAGGUCUGGUUGUUCAAGGUCCAUAGCAAAUCUCAAAGAUGUAAUCCAUGGAAGCAAGAGGCACAUGGAAAAACCACCGAUAUGCAGCCCGAGAUCGAUCGGUAGCAGCGAGUUCCUCAACCCAAUUGCUCAUGAAGUCAUACUAAGCAACUCCAAGUGUGAGCUCAAGAUCACUGGUUUUGGAAGCUUCCACCAAGAGGAUGUGGGAAGUGCUGGCUUUGGCGGGGGUGGGGGUGGGGGUGGGGGUGGGAAUUCGCCAUUUUUCGGUACACUAAGACCCGGAACUCCUGGUCCUGGGGAGCACUUUGUUAACAACUCCAAUUCUCCUUUUAAUAAUACUUCCAUGUCUGGUGCAAGAAAGGUUCCUUCUCUUUUAUCAUAUAGAGAUGGGUCUGCAGCUGGGAGUACUGCUAAAUCUAAGGUGAGUGGGGAAGUUCAUCCAAGCAAAAGAUUCUCCCCGCUAACUGAAUUGAACGGUAAUACGUUUUCGACGGUUACUUGCCAUAAAUGUGGAGAGCAGUUCUGCAAAUUGGAAGCUGCUGAGUCUCACCAUCUCUCUAAGCAUGCUGUUACCGAGCUUGUGGAAGGCGAUUCAUCAAGAAAAAUUGUUGAAAUAAUAUGUCGAACGAACUUGUUGAAAUCGGAGAACAAUGGCAACCGAAUCGAACGAGUCUUCAAAGUUCAUAAUAUGCAAAAGACAUUAGCUGGAUUUGAAGAAUACAGGGAAAUGGUGAAGAUCAAGGCAAGCAAGCUUUCGAAGAAACACCCUCGAUGCCUUGCCGAUGGUAACGAGCUGCUGAGGUUUUAUGGAACUACUUUAGCCUGCUCUCUUGGACUAAAUGGCUCCUCUAGCCUCUGCAUAUCACAGAAAUGCAGUGUCUGCAGAAUCAUAAGGAAUGGUUUCUCAACCAAGAAGGAUAUAAAAGAAGAAGUAGGAGUUUUCACGACUUCGACAAGCGGAAAAGCUUUCGAAACCAUUAAAACGACAGAAGAAAGCUCGGUAAAGAAAGCAUUGAUAAUCUGCAGAGUGAUUGCAGGGAGGGUACAUAGGCCUCUGGAAAAUAUACAAGAUAUGGUUGGCCAAUCAGGGUUUGAUUCUUUAGCUGGCAAAGUGGGAUUACAUUCCAAUAUUGAAGAGCUUUAUUUGCUUAAUCCUAGAGCUUUGCUUCCUUGUUUUGUUGUAAUCUGCAAACCAUGAAAGAUAGAGAGAAAAAGAAAGCUUGUUUUUCUCUUUGUAUAACCAUUCUUCUAAGGAACCUAACCCAAAGUUUGUGGUUCAUCAUUUGUUGUUGAGCUUGUAAUGAUUUUAUUUCAUUUGAUUUUAAUUCUUCUUUUGAAUUGGUCUGUA